GUGCUGCCUGGAAUGGCUCCGGUGCUGUCAGCGCCCGUCAAAAGCACAAAGCCAGCUCUCAGGAUGAGCGGCGGACCGGCUCUCGCCUCAUCAUCUUCAUCAUAGGCGGGAUCAGCUUCGCUGAGAUGCGAUGUGCCUAUGAGGUCACCCAGGCUGUCAAAUCCUGUGAGGUCAUCAUAGGGUCUUCCCACAUUUUGACCCCUAGAAAACUUCUGGAUGACAUCAAGUCCCUGAGCAAACGCCCAGUGGAGCCUUUAACAGUAGAGGAAAGGAGCAGUGCCUAAGAAAGUUGUCCCUGCCCAUAACAAUCCCUCAAACCACUUCUGGCUCCCUACAUAUCAUAUCACUCAGCACAGUGUACUCAACUCAGUUUACUUCAUGCAAACCAGGAGGGAAUCAAACUUAUACCCAUCUUUAUACUUUAAUAUUCAAAAUUUAUAUUUCAAACCUAGCACACACAAGGACAACUUGUGUUUUAUGCAGCUUUUCCCAUCUGAAUGUUGCCUGUUCAUCCUACUAAUAACAUUUUACGUACAAAUAGUCUAACCCAACUUUGUCGUUAGAAAUACAGCGUUACACGUUUAGAUUAACAGCCAAUGUAUAUACUUUACGUAAGCACUAUGUUUGUGCUCCGCCUUUUUGAUUGUUGUUUGUUUUUGCACUCUGUUUUAUAAAACCCUAAUGUACUUUCAAAGUGUUUUAACAGAUUAUAAAGAUUAUUCCUUGUUUUUCUCUAAUAAAUGGAUGCAGUGGAUCACAUUAUUCUCUACACAGCUCUGAUGACAUGUGCGUCACCCACAGGGGAGGCAGGAACCAGGCUCGGUGUCAGUUACAGGAGCAGGUGUCCGGUGACACGGUGUGAACAGCCAGUGAAGUCCUGCUCCAUUAAUCUCAAAUGGAGAAACGUUUAGCUUCAACAAGGCCUCCCUGCUCUUUGACCACUAUCUACUUCCAUUUUUGUUGCUGUCCUCCUCUGUUUUAUUAGCGUAUUAGCGUUAUAAUAAUUUUUUAUAGAGCUUGAUCAUUUUAGACCGCGAUAAAGAAAGUACUACAGUGGAAAGCAAAACGCCCUUUAAAUAUAUUGGAUUGUUGGAUUCAGAAGCGAAAAACCGAAUACUGAGGAAAGGGGCUUUAACUAAAACACUUUUUGCGCAUGCGUCAGCCCCGACCGCCAUCAGCGCAAGUUUCUGGUGUUGUCAUGACAACCGGCUUGCAAUCGCGGGUCAGAUUUCCUCAUUUUAGCGUCAAUUCUAAAGAAAACCUUAUUUAUCGUUUAAGUUUUAGUUCUAUAAAGGUUGUUGUUUCCCGCCAAUAGAUUCAGGCGAGUUGUUUUCAGGAAGGAAACGAGGGACAAAAUGCUGUCGCUGACGCGUAAAGGUGUCGCGGCAGGUGCGGAGCUCGGGGGCGAGCGUGAAGGGGGACGACCAGGGUUCGGCGUCCAGGACUGGUCCGACGGCUCCAGAUACGAGGGCGGGUUCGUGGACGGACUCAAGCACGGCAGCGGAAGAUACAGCUGGAGAAACGGGGAGUUCUAUGAGGGUUCCUUCUACAAGGACUACAGACAUGGGAAUGGAGUGUACAGCUGGCCCACGGGCCACACGUUCACCGGAAAGUUCUACCUGAACAGAAAGGAAGGGUGUGGACGGCAGCUGUCCCCUGACGGAACCGUCUUUCAGGGUCUGUACCACGCCGACCAAAGGUUCGGUCCAGGUGUGGUCACGUAUCCAGACGGUCGUCAGGAUGUGGGUCUGUGGGUCGGGGAACGCCUGCUACGUCUAUGCACCUCUGUGGAGGACGGCUUCAGCCUCCAGAACCUUCCUCAAUACGCUGCCUUCACUCCGCCUCCCAAUGUCUUUGGUGGUUUACAGAGUCACACCCGGACCCAGUCUGAGGUGUGUAGAGAGAGCGGCCUGCUGUCAGAUGAGCGCUUCAUCUACCCUCCUGGCAUGGAAAGUUACUCCACUGAUGGAGACCACCUGCCGCUGCCGCCCGGGCGAAGGAGGGAGUUGGAUCAGCACUUUUAUGGCGAGCUGUGGGAGCCAGACGCUCAACUCUACCAAGGCUAUGAGCGAGACCCACUGUCCAGCCUGCCUUUAGAGGCCCGCAUGCAGCAGCACAUGCACCGACACAGGCUGCAGGCCGACUCCGUGGACUGGGACAUGGCUGCGGUUCUGUCUCUGAGCAGAGAGGGCUUCGGUCCCACCGGGCCUUUGGAAGUUACGUCAGAGCUGCUGAUUCAGCAUGCGGCGCGAGGAGACCUCCAAGCUGUUUCUCAGAUCCUCCAGACGGGCCUGGUCCACCCUGAUAUAGCAGACUCACACGGACACACCGCCCUGCUCGCUGCCACAGUAAACUGCCAUGAUGAUGUCAUCCAGCUGUUGUUGGACACGGGCGCUGACAUUGACAGGUUGAACUGUGAGGGCAUGUCAGCCCUGGCUGUGUGUCAUGUCCUCUACUAUCCUUUCCAUUCCCUGAACACCACUUUGGCUGAGCCGUGUUCCAAACCUCAGGAUGCGAAGUCUGAAUGUGGGAACAGUCCUCGUGGCACAAGAGACACACCGGGACCAAACAGACCUCAGACUGCGAACACAACCCUCAGCAAUGUGACCAACCAGAGCCACCUCUCUGAGCCGACUCAUGAAGAGCGCAUCUGUCAUCGAAGCAUUGAAGUGUCCAGUGAAGAGGAGCUCAUUACUGAACACUGGACUGAUCUGAAUGAACCCCACACCCCGGCAGAGUCUGUUUACCUAGAGGAUCAGGAGGAGAGAGGAGAGAAGAUCAGUGAGACACAGAGUGAGGCAGAGAUUCAAGAGACAGAACAACGCAGCCAGAAAGAGGAGGGAAACAAAGCAAAGGAGACAAAGGCUGUAGAUAAACAUGAUCAGACGUGGCAAAGUGGAGAAAGUCAGGGAGGAGCAGCCGAGGAUGACGAGCUUAAGGAGGAAGCUGAGGGAGGUGCAGAUGCAGAGGAGCCAGAAGAGGAGCGCUCCAUUCUGGUGUCAGAUGGUCACAUGACGCUGGGCAGCGUGCGGUGGAAAGGCCGGGACGGGGCGGCGGCAGGAAGUCAGGCACCAAACAAAGAGCUCACCCAGAAUCAGAUCUUUGACUCGGCCCGCUCCGUCCGCAGCUAUGAGAUCCAGGUGACGGAGGAGCUGAUGCAGCGUUCGGCAGAAGCGCUGAGUUGCGCUGGGGUCCCUCUGAACUCCGACUCGCAGGAGACCGUGCGCAGAAUGGCUGCUAUGAAAUCCAGUGAGUUCUGCUCAUGGACACCGGUUCGUUUAAACACCCUGAAGCUGCUACUGCAGCGGGGAGCGGACCCCAACGCGUACGUCCCGGCGCCGGUCCUCAGCCUGGCAGUGAUGGCGGGCGACACCGAGGCCGUCAGGCGGCUGCUGCUGUGUGGGGCUCGGGCUGACGCCCCCCUUCCACCUGAGGUGGGUAGGAAAGGCCUACGCCCCCUGCACAUAGCAGCCUCACUGCCGGGUCCAGCGGGUCCCAGAAUCACCGAGCUGCUGCUGCACGCUCUCGCCGACCCGGACGCACAGGCCUGCGACCAGGACGAGCUCUACGGAGCAGAUCAAAUUCUACUGAAGCCAGAGGAACCGCUGGACGACAAUGGGAGUCCAGAUGUCACAGCGGGAGGCAGGACGGCCCUGCACGUGGCCUGCCACAGAGACAGCGACUACGCGAAUGCCAGUAAGGUGGUGGCCCUUCUGCUCUCCCACAGAGCCAGGACCGACCUCCUCUGGAGCGGACACUCAGCCCUGUCCCUGGCUAUCGCGAGUGGCAAUGACCUGGCAGUGGAGGAGCUGCUGAAAGGCGGCGCAGACCCCAACCUCCCUCUGGGCCCCCGGGUGGGCAGCGCCCUCUGUGCCCUCUCCGACAUCAACUACCACUUAGGUGGCAACAGAGCUAAGCUGUUGGACAUGUUAGCUAAGGCUGGUGCCGACAUGUUGAUGCCGGUUCGAGUCAGAGAUGCUGUGGGAACCGCAGUAGACUUCGCACAUUACUCCUUCAGUCAGGACCUGCGUAUCGCCAACACUCCCUUCCACGCUUUGAACAUGCGGGAAAGGGAAAUAUUCAAAACUCGACAACAGCUGCUGAGCAUGAUGGGAGAUCUGCUGAGACAGGCUGCUGCUCAGAGAGAGAGGGAGCGAUCAGAGGGAGCAUCCCUCAGGUCGAAGUCGCUGCUCAGCAGUGAAAGUCCACCGCACCUCACGGAAAAACACAGGAACCCAGUGUUUAGGUUCUGCUAUCACUGCGGUCGCUCUCUGUCCGUGAAGCUGACCGCUUGUAGACGCUGCAGCAAGGUCUUCUUCUGCUCCAGAACCUGCACGGUGAAAGCCUGGGAUAAAAGACACAAGGAGGAGUGUACCCGGGUGUCAGCAUCUGCCAAUGGCAUCCUGAAGACUGCUGUGAGUGCUAAAGCCCAAAGAGGCCCCAGUUCCAGGACCACCACCAAAACCAAAACAGCCCCCAGCCCUUCGAGGGUCAGGCUGAAGUCCCAAAGAACCGCAGCAGAGAACGUCUGGGACAGUCAACUCAACCUGACGGAGAACUACAGCCACAACUGAAGGAUUAUUUCUACCCGGAGUCCUGUUUUAAGGUGCCAUAAGGAUAAUAUGCAGGAUAAUCCUUAUUUCUUUCUCUUUUUUUUAAGCACAACACACAAACUGUAGUUCAGAGCAUCACACACUGCUGUUCACAAGGAUACAAACUAACCUCUAACAGCACUUUAAUCAUAUUAAUACCAGCUUUGCCUGCAGUUUAUCAUCUGUCAUGUGCUUGUGCAUCCACUUAUCGUCACAAAUGUAAGAGAAGUGUUAUUCCAGUCAGGUGUGACUUUUGUGAUUCAUAAAUUCAUAAAUGCAACUAAAACACUGUCUGUACUUUAACUAAUAGGGAACUAGACAGACGUACAGAGUUCAGCCGUUCAGUUCUGCUAAUGGAAUUAUAUGUGUCAUGAUUCAUCAAGUGUCUUUUCUUUAUAUAUGUUACAGGAGGGAAUAACUUGCCCUUGUCUCAUCUUGUAAAGUAGAAUGACAUAACAUUUAUGGAGCAUUUUGAAAGUCAGACACUGAUCAUUACCAUUAAAAUAUUUUAGGAGCACACAA